ACAGGUUGCUCCGGUGAUCGUGUAGUUCGAGAUGGCACCCAAGAAAGCAGGACUGCUUGAUAUUGAGAAGCAGUUCACCUUCUAUGCGGCUUACCACGACAACACCGUCAAUAAAUGGAUCCACAUCGUCUGCAUCUGGCCCUUGAUAUUCACCGGGCUUAUGCUGCUUUGGACGAACGCCGGCAUUGUUAGCCAGAUUUCUCUGCCUUCUUCGCUUACGAACCUUUCCGUUCAGGGCGUCCCUCUCACUUUGAAUUGGGCCCUGCUGGCCGCCUGCGUCUACAUUGCCUUCUACUUAUCCCUUGAAUUCGAGAACGCGAAGAAAAUGACAGGCUUGGGAAUCUUCGCGGCGGCUCUCGUGGCCAUCCUCUACUUCGUCGCCGGGCGCUUGGUCGCUCUCCCGCCCCUGCAUGCUGCCUACGGGAAGCAGAGUGUGGAGAUAACGUAUCGACAAGCGGCAUUGGCCACCCACGUAAGUUUUCCGUCCUCGUUCCUUCCCUUUUACAUCAUUUCUUUCCCCCCUUCAUGCUUUCCUUGCCGAAUCCUCCUCUUCUCUCCC